UUCUCUGUACUAGCCAUGAAUGACACAAAAAUCAUAAAACUAAGUUUGAUUUUCUUUAUGAUCUACUUAGUGAAUUCUAGCCCACCUGAAGAUCCCAUAAAAUGUUCAUACAAAACAAAUUUUAAUUGCACCAUUACAAACACUUAUGGCGCCUUCCCAGAUCGAACCAUUUGCAAGGCAGCUCAAGCUGUUUUUCCAACCACAGAAGAAGAAGUCAUUUCUAUAGUAGCAAAUGCAACAAGGGAAAAUCGAAAAAUGAAAAUCGCAACUCGAUUUUCUCAUAGCAUACCCAAAUUGGUAUGUCUAGACAAUGGUGAUCAAGACGGGUUACUUAUAAGUACAAAAUUCCUAAAUAAAAUCAUAAAAAUCGAUCAAGAAAACAUGAUGAUCACCGUUGAAAGUGGGGUGACAUUGAGACAACUAAUUAGUGAGGCAGGUAAAGCAGGUUUGGUCCUGCCUUACACGCCUUACUGGUGGGGUUUAACGAUUGGUGGCUUAAUUGGGACCGGAGCUCAUGGAAGUUCUCUCUGGGGUUUGGGAAGUUCGGUACAUGAUUAUAUUGUACAACUUCGAAUUGUUACACCAGCUGAUGCGGCAAAUAAUUAUGCUAAAGUCCGUAUAUUGGAAAAUGGUAGCCCCGACUUGAAUGCUGUUAGAGUGUCACUAGGUGUUCUUGGAGUUGUUUCACAGGUGACACUAAAACUAGAACGAGUGUUCAAACGUUCAAUUACCUUUUCUGAAAGGGAUGACUCAAACUUAGGGGAAGAUGCAGUUACCUUUGGGAGACAACAUGAAUUUGCUGAUUUUACGUGGUAUCCAAGUCAACGCAAGGUUAUUUAUAGGAUCGAUGAUCGAGUUCCUAAUGGCACUCCUGGCAAUGCCCUUAAUGACUUCAUUGGAUUUCGCUCUACACCUUCAUUCGUCCUCGCCAUUUUCAGAACCCAGGGUAAUAAUUAAUUGCUCAUAAUUAAA